CUGCAAGGAGAACAGAAACCAAGUUCCCCGGCUACUAGCAGCAUCCACCCGGCGGCAGGCCGGAGCCAGCGAGGCCCGAAAAGGCUGUGGAGUGCGCGGGUCUCUCCGUGUCCAGCGCACCCUACCCACACUUUUCCUUCUCCUCUUCUUUGGCAGCCCAGCCCAAGUUCCAACUCGCUGUUUCGACUACGCAAAGCCUAGGGAGGGGGUUAGGAGCAGCCGCGCCCCCCUCCCUGAGGCCGCCGCCCCCCGCUUUUUCGGCUGUGCUCCCUGCAGCGUGCUCCUGGGCGGUGCGCCUCGGCAGGCCCCAGUCAUGUCGAUGCUGCCGUCGUUUGGUUUUACGCAGGAGCAAGUGGCGUGCGUGUGCGAGGUUCUGCAGCAAGGCGGGAACCUGGAGCGCCUGGGCAGGUUCUUGUGGUCACUGCCUGCCUGCGACCACCUGCACAAGAACGAGAGCGUGCUCAAGGCCAAGGCUGUAGUUGCCUUCCACCGCGGCAACUUCCGCGAGCUCUACAAGAUCCUGGAGAGCCACCAGUUCUCGCCUCACAACCACCCCAAACUGCAGCAACUGUGGCUGAAAGCGCACUAUGUGGAAGCCGAGAAGCUUCGCGGCCGACCCCUGGGCGCCGUGGGCAAAUACCGGGUGCGCCGAAAAUUUCCACUGCCGCGCACCAUCUGGGACGGCGAAGAGACCAGCUACUGCUUCAAGGAGAAGUCUCGGGGAGUGCUGCGGGAGUGGUAUGCGCACAACCCCUACCCCUCGCCUCGAGAGAAACGGGAGCUGGCCGAGGCCACGGGCCUCACCACCACCCAGGUCAGCAAUUGGUUUAAGAACCGGAGGCAAAGAGACCGGGCCGCCGAGGCCAAGGAAAGGGAGAACACCGAAAACAAUAACUCCUCCUCCAACAAGCAGAAUCAACUCUCUCCUCUGGAAGGGGGCAAGCCGCUCAUGUCCAGCUCAGAAGAGGAAUUCUCACCUCCCCAAAGUCCAGACCAGAACUCGGUCCUUCUGCUGCAGGGCAAUAUGGGCCACGCCAGGAGCUCAAACUAUUCUCUCCCAGGCCUCACGGCCUCUCAGCCCAGCCAUGGCCUGCAGGCCCAUCAGCAUCAGCUCCAGGACUCUCUGCUUGGCCCCCUUACCUCCAGUUUGGUGGACUUGGGGUCCUAAGUGGGAUGGGAUUGGGGCCUCAAAGGGAUGGCUGGAGCAGCAACCAAUUGCAGCAACUAGGGACACUUGUAAAUAGAAAUCAGGAACAUUUUUGCAGCUUGUUUCUGGGAUUCUUUGCGCAUAAAGGAAUGGUGGACAUUCACAAUGUCUUUUUAAAAAUCAAAACCAACAUCCAUCUCAAACAGCCUCCCUCUUCUCUCUCUUUCCCCUGGUGCAUUUCCCCUCCCAGUGCAGAAUCAGGAAAAAAAACCCAAACAAACAAAAGCACCCAGUCUUGGAUUUGGAAACCUAUGCACCCACUUCAAUAGACUUGCUUUUUGUUUUUCCUUUUCUAAUUAAUGGUAAUUAUAAAUCAACUGGAUUUUAAGUAUUUUCUUUUAAUUUAUUUAUGGAGUAAUUUGAGGGGAAGAGGAAAAGAAAAAAGAAAAAGAGAAAAGGAGAGAGAGAGAGAGAGAAAGAGAGAUCAAAAUAGUAGUGAAAAUAACAGCCUCCAGCCUGGGAGGAACUGGUUGCAUUCUUAAGGUGAAUAGGAAAAAAUAAAAUCUUAUAAUUUUUUGAUGGGAAAAUUAAGUUUACAUUUUUCAUAUUUGGUGUUAAAUAAUUUUAUGUAGAGUAAAAUAAAAAGAACAGUAUUAGGGAGAAAACAAGUGCCUAAAUGUCUUAAUGCUCUCUAUGUGAAGCAGUUAGAAAUAGAAGUGACCAUUAGUAAUAUAACUAUUUUUGUCAAAUUUAGUAGGUUUUUUUGGUUGUUGUUUGUUUUCUUGGGUUUUUUUUUAAUGACAAACUAAAAAUGUACCAAUGUGAAAAACACUUUCCUGAAUGCCAUUACUUCUCAUGCCCACAAAGCUUUCAUAUCUGUCUCCUACUCCUGUUAAGGGGUUUCUCCUGUUCGUAGUUUCUAGCUUGCAAAAGUAUGCCAACAAAUCUGGCAACCUGGUAUUUGUUACUAAAACAGCAUGUGUUUUCAGGUUUCUUUUCUAUUGUACCUAAACCAGUCUAAAUUAAAAUUCAGUAGAACACCAGGAGUAUGAUUCUGUUUCUGAAAGGUGAGUAGUGUCUUUGGGCCCUAUUUUUUUUUUUUUAAAGUUUUCUUCCUUUUUUACUUAAUAGUGGUUAUGAAUUGCAGGGCACUUUGAAGGCUUUCACCUGAACCAAGAGUAAGGACUGGGUUAAUUAUAUGACAGAUAGUGAAUUUAGCCUUAGGGUAUUUAUUUUUUAUUAUUAUUAGAUAACACAAUUUUGUUACCACGAGCUCUUCUUCUCAGCAUUCAUAUGUUAACUCAGCUCUUUUGUGUUAAUAAGUUUAUGGUAAGACUGUGAAAGUAAAAUAAUUUAUCUGCUUGGGGUGGGGGAAAGGAACUUGAACAAGGAUUUAAGCAUUGUGAAUUAAUCUGUACAAACAGAAAGCAGACCAGCAGGACAGGAACUCUUUUACAGUGCUGCCGGAUAGUGUCCAGAAAAAUCCCAGUAAUCAUGUAGGCUCCAUGUUAUUUUUGCCUGGAGCAAAAUGAUGUAUCUUCUGUAUUUAGCUUUUAAAAUUAGUGAAACAAGUGGCAUUAUUUAUUAAAAUUCGACUCAGGAUAACAGGAUCGGCUGGUUUGUGCUUUGUAAAAUAUUGUUCCCCAGAGAGAGUCUAUUUGUUUUCUGACAUGACGUUUUCAUAAUUUUUAUUUUUCCCAUCCAUAAGUGUCACCAUUAAUAUAUUCUUUUCUUAUUCUUUA